AAAACAAACUCGAGACUCGAGUGGCCGAAUAAAAUAUUUAUUAAAAUGUGCGUUAAAUUCAAACAUUUGAUUUUAAAAAAAAUUUUCGACAGAUAGUCAAUGUCACCGCAACACUUUUAAGUUAUUAACGUGAAAACGUGUGACCACAAAAAAAAAAAAUGAAGUUUUUCAUCGACGAGCUGGAAGUUUUAUUCCCGUACGAGUACAUAUACCCCGAGCAGUACGCGUACAUGGUGGAACUGAAAAAAGCGAUAGACGCCAAGGGGCAUUGCCUGCUCGAGAUGCCCUCGGGAACCGGUAAGACCAUCACUAUACUAUCGCUGAUCGUCGCUUACAUGAUCAAGUAUCCGGCGAAACUCGCCAAGCUUCUGUACAGCACCCGGACGCUGUCCGAGAUCGAAAAGGCGGCUGAAGAAUUGCGCGUGCUGUGCGACUACUACAAGUCGAACAAGUACGAUGCCAGCGUGUUGGGAGUGGUGCUGUCGUCCCGCAAGAACUUGUGCGUUCAUCCGUCGAUCGCCGGCGAAAUAAACGGGCGUGUGGUGGACGCUCGCUGUCACGCGCUGACCGCGCCGUUCGUACGGGCUCGCCAUGCCGACGGCGAGACCGUCAGCGUGUGCGAAUUCUACGAAAAACUCGAUUCCCUGGGCAGAGACACGAUUCUACCUCCAAACAUCUACAACAUUGAGGACCUGAAAGAAUUGGGUGUAAAACAAGGCAUUUGCCCUUACUUUGUGGCCAGACAGACCCUUAUACAUGCUAAUGUUGUCAUAUACAGUUACCAUUACCUCUUGGACCCGAAAAUCGCCGGUAUAGUUUCUAAGGACUUCAACAAGAACACUAUAGUGGUGUUUGAUGAGGCGCACAACAUUGACAAUGUCUGUAUAGACUCGUUGAGUUCGCACAUCACUAGCAAAAAUCUAGACAAAGCUUUGGAAGGACUCAAUAAAUUGGACACUGAGAUCACGGCCAUGAAAGAGAGGGAUUCGCAAAGAUUGAAAGAAGAAUAUAGAAAAAUGGUUGACGGCUUGAGGGAAAUUUAUAGAAACCGCGAAGCCAAUGCAGCCCUAGCUAAUCCAAUUGUACCCGAUCAGGUGUUAAAAAUCACCGAAUUGCCGGGCAGCAUCAGAAGUGCUGAACACUAUAUUGGUUUUAUGAAAAGGUUUAUUAUGUACCUGAAACUCAGAAUGAACUCUACCACUGUAGUACAAGAAACUCCUAUAAUGUUCAUUAAAGAUGUGUACCAGAAAGUAUGUAUAAAUAGAAAACCGCUGAGGUUUUGUACUGAACGGUUAUCAUCAUUGCUAAGGACAUUAGAAAUAUCUGAAAUCAUAGAUUUCUCUCCGCUUAUCACAGUUGCUCAAUUUGCCACUUUAGUUUCUACUUACAUGAAAGGAUUUAUGAUAAUUAUAGAACCGUUUGAUGAAAGGUCAUCAACAGAUAGCUGUGUCAUGCAUUUUAGCUGUUUAGAUGCCUCGAUUGCCAUUAAACCAAUUUUAGAUUAUUUCAAUACUGUUCUUAUAACUUCAGGAACUCUAUCGCCAUUAGAUAUGUACCCCAAGAUUUUGAACAUCAACCCAGUUAUAAUGACGUCUCUGACCAUGACGUUGUCCAGACAGUGUUUUUUACCAAUGGUGGUCGGUCGAGGUAAUGAUCAAGUAGCACUAACGUCCAAGUGGGAAUCAAGAGAAGACUCUUCUGUUGCACGUAACUAUGGACAUUUGUUAUUGGAAAUGGUAAAAGUGGUACCCGAUGGUGUCGUAUGUUUUUUUCCAUCAUAUCUAUACAUGAAAUCUGUGGUAGCUGCUUGGUAUGAUCAAGGAUUAAUUGAAAAGAUUCUAGACUACAAAUUGAUAUUUAUCGAAACACAAAAUAUUGUUGUCACUAACCAUGCAAUAAAAUGUUAUGCAGAAGCCAUAGAACGAGGAAAAGGAGCGUUGUUGUUGUCUGUUGCUAGAGGUAAAGUGUCUGAAGGUAUGGAUUUUGAUCAUCAUUAUGGUCGAGCAGUAAUUGUUUUGGGUAUGCCAUAUGUCUAUACUCAAUGUCGUAUAUUAAAAGCUCGCAUGGAAUAUUUAUGCAGUCAAUACCAAAUAUCAGAAGGUGAUUUCUUAACAUUUGAUGCGAUGAGACACACUGCCCAGUGUGUCGGACGAGCAAUCCGUGGUAAAAUGGACUACGGCAUCAUGGUGUUUGCAGACAAAAGGUUUGCCAGACAUGAUAAAAGAAGUAAAUUGCCUAAAUGGAUACAGGCAUAUCUAACUGACAAUGUUUGCAACUUAACGGUAGACGAAGCUGCACAAAUGUCUAAACGUUGGCUAAGAUAUAUAGCACAACCUGAUCCAAUUGAAAAUCAAAUGGGAAUAUCAUUAUUAGAUGUAAAUGGACUGAAUAAAACUGAUUUCUUAACAAAAGUGGUUCAAAAAUGUUGAAUUGGUAUUCCAAUUCCAUGUCAUAAUGUAUAGUUAUGUAAUUUAUAUUUUUUGUAAUUUUGUCUAAACUUUAUUAAAGUUUAUUCUUUUAAGUGUUCAAA